CCUCGGGUCGCUGAGUGGGCUGUACCGAGGUGGACAGGCGGUGGAGGGACGCAGGUUCGAGUUGUGGAAGCUGGAUUGUGUUUUAGCUGUUUGCUGAUGCUCUGGUAGGCCGAGUCACGGGUCCAGUGAGGCUCACUAACAGUGGCGUACAAGCAGCAGGAGCCACGCUUCCGUCCCGUGAUGGUCACUGUACGCCAUUCAGGCGUGCAGUAGGUGCUUGCUGAGUUACGGGCACUGUGUUGGACGCGGGGGUAAAGCAGCGAGUUGGAAAUCUGCUGUCACAGGGAGCUAAGACCCCCCCAGCCAAGGACAGUGCAGAGUGCACCGUGGUAGGUGCCUUAAGACGUAAAGUGUCAGGGAUUUUAGAGAAAGGAAUUGUUUUCAGCUGGGGGAGGGGCAGGAAGAUCUCAGUAGAAUGGGUGGCAUUUCUUUGGGGCCACAAAGUGUGUCCAGGAUUUGGACAGCCGGAGACGAGAAGGGGUAGCAUGCUAGGCUUGGAGCAGUGGAGUCAAGGAGGAGAGAAAGGGUACACAGGAAGCACAGGAGAGAGGGACGUGAGAAGGGGAGUUAAGGUGGGACAGGGAGGCCAAGGCGAGGUCAGGGAAGGGCGCCAGGCCGCGUGAUCCUGAUCUGGUUCCCCAGGUGUCAGGAAGUAACAAGACCUAGAGCAGGAUUGUCAGGGAAGCAGGGAAGCCAGGUGGGAGCUGUUAGAAUUCCAACCUUGCUGCAUAUACUUUCUAUUUUUUUAUUUUUGUGUAUUUAUUUUUUGAGACAGGGUUUUGCUUUAUCACCCAGGCUGGAGUGCAGUGGCGUCAUCAUAACUCACUGCGGCCUCAAACUCCUGGGCUCAAGUGAUCCUCCUUCCUCAGCCUCCCGAGUAGCUGGGACUACAGGUGUGCACCACCACACCUGGCUAAUUUUUCUAUUUUUUGUGGAGACGGAGUCUUGCUCGGGCUGGUCUCCAACUCCAGGCCAUAAACAGUCCUCCCUACUUGGCCUCCCAAAGUCUAGGAUUAUAUGCAUGAGCCACCUGCCUGGCCUGCAGGUACUUUUUAGAUGUAAAAGGAAGAGCUCAGUCAGCCCACCUAGAUGUGCAGCACGUUAAGAAAGUGUAUUCAAGUACGGGCUCUCUACUAGGACAGAGACCCCAAAAUAUGGUGACUCAGCUGGGACGAUGCCGGAGUGUGAAAGAGUUUGAGAAGCUGAACCGCAUAGGAGAGGGUACCUACGGCAUCGUGUAUCGGGCCCGGGACACCCAGACAGACGAGAUUGUCGCGCUGAAGAAGGUGCGGAUGGACAAGGAGAAGGAUGGCAUCCCCAUCAGCAGCCUGCGGGAGAUCACGCUGCUUCUUCGUCUUCACCAUCCGAACAUCGUGGAGCUGAAGGAGGUGGUUGUGGGGAACCACCUAGAGAGCAUCUUCCUGGUGAUGGGUUACUGCGAGCAGGACCUGGCCAGCCUCCUAGAGAACAUGCCGACGCCCUUCUCCGAGGCCCAGGUCAAGUGCAUCGUGCUGCAGGUGCUCCGGGGCCUUCAGUACCUGCACAGGAACUUCAUCAUCCACAGGGACCUGAAGGUCUCCAACUUGCUCAUGACCGAUAAGGGCUGCGUGAAGACAGCGGAUUUCGGCCUGGCCCGGGCUUAUGGCAUCCCAGUAAAACCAAUGACCCCCAAGGUGGUGACCCUCUGGCUGGGCUGGAGGGGCCAGAGGUGUGAGGUGGGGCACUCUGUGUCCAGGUACCGAGCCCCCGAGCUGCUGCUGGGAACCACCACCCAGACCACCAGCAUCGACAUGUGGGCCGUGGGCUGCAUCCUGGCCGAGCUGCUGGCCCACAAGCCCCUUCUCCCCGGCACUUCCGAGAUCCACCAGAUUGACCUGAUCGUGCAGCUGCUGGGGACACCCAGUGAGAACAUCUGGCCGGGCUUUUCCAAGCUGCCACUGGUCGGCCAGUACAGCCUGAGGAAGCAGCCGUACAACAACCUCAAGCACAAGUUCCCAUGGCUCUCGGAGGCCGGGCUGCGCCUGGUGAAUUUCCUCUUCAUGUACGACCCCAAGAAAAGGGCCACAGCUGGGGACUGCCUGGAGAGCUCGUACUUCAAGGAGAAGCCCCUCCCCUGCGAGCCAGAGCUCAUGCCCACCUUCCCCCACCACCGCAACAAGCGGGCCGCCUCGGCCGCAUCUGAGGGCCAGACCAAGCGCUGCAAGCCCUGACACUGAGCCCCGCACACACCUGCACCCCUCAGCCGGAUCGUUCAGUCAGCAGGGGACAGACGGUCCCUCAGGCCAGGCUGACCAGCCACCUGGGAUCCAGCUUGUCUCCUUGGCUAGGACAUCCUCCUCCAGCCAACACCACCACUCUCAUCUGCACCCACCGCCACCCCCAGAGACAGGCAAGGUGUGGCCGUGGGGCAAGGCAGGGGUGGGGGCUCCAAGCCUUCGCACCCCAGAAGGGCUGGGCCGGGUCUGGUAGAGUUUGAGACCCUCACUUCUCAGCAGGAACUGUGGGUGCAGCUCCAACUCUGUGAGCAUCCUGGAAACGCUGGUGGGUGCUGACCUGGGACUUGGGUCACCUCUUGGUCACCAGCAGCUGCCCAGGGUGGGGUGGGGGCCACAGUGGCAUGCCCCUGAGCACACCAGAAGGGGAGCUGGGCUGGAGGCCGAGCUGGGUCUGGCCCCCCCCAGAAGAGUGUGCACUUGGGUCUAAUGCUGAGGGAGGAGGACAGUGGGGUCCCCCCAGAUAAAAGCUUUCCUGACA